GUCCCGCCCGGCUAUACCGCCCCGUCCCGCCGCCCGCCCGCGCUCCGGCACUGCGAGGGACGGCCGGAGGGACAGCCAGACGGACAGCCCGACGGACAGCCAGACGGACAGCCAGCGGGACAGCCAGCCAGCGCCGGGUCGGGGCCCGGCCGCCUGCCCGUCCUCGCCCGGGGAUGGUGCCGGCGCCCGGGAGCGCCCUGCUCGCCGCUCUGCUCGCCGCCGGGCUCGCCGCGGGCAGCUCGAGAUCUCGKGGGCAGCCGGUGGCUGUGAGCCAGCCCGGGGUGUGUCGCUAUGGUUCCAGGUUGGAUUGCUGUCCUGGCUGGAGAAAGAACAAGGGCCACUGUGAAGCUACCUGUGGACCUGGCUGCAAGUAUGGCGAGUGCACGGGACCAAACAAAUGCAARUGUUUCCCUGGGUUUACAGGGAAAACCUGUAAUCAAGAUGUGAACGAAUGUGGGCUGAAGCCACGUCCCUGCGAGCACAGAUGUAUGAACACACAUGGCAGCUACAAGUGCUAUUGUCUCAACGGGUACAYGCUCAUGCCAGAUGGCACGUGUGCAAGUUCUAGGACAUGUGCCAUGGUGAAUUGCCAGUAUGGGUGUGAAGAAGUCAAAGGGCAGGUGCAGUGUCUCUGUCCAUCAGGGGGCCUUCAGCUGGGACCAAACGGAAGGACGUGCAUUGAUAUUGAUGAGUGCUCCACUGGCAAAGCUGUCUGCUCUUACAACCGCAGAUGUGUCAACACUUUUGGAAGUUACUACUGCAAGUGCCAGCUGGGUUAUGAACUAAAAUAUGCCAGUGGCCGCUACAACUGUGUAGAUGUAAAUGAAUGUGUGACAAAYACACACAGGUGUAACCUCCACGCAGAGUGCCUCAACACCGAAGGGUCCUUCCAGUGCAAAUGUAARCAGGGCUACAGAGGAAGUGGAUUUGACUGUGCUGUUAUCCCUGAAAAGUCAGUGAAGGAAAUUGCAAGAAUCCCUGGAACAGCUAAGGACACAAUUAAGAAACUUCUUGCACAUAAAAACAGCGUGAAAAAGCAUGAAACGAUCAAGAAUGCAAUCCCAGAAGCAGCUGUGACACCACCUUCUAAGACCCACGUGCAAUUACUGGACUAUGAAGGUGGAAUUGAUCUUGGUGGGAGCUACAGUGAGGAAGAGAAAGAAACUGAAGCUGCUGCAGAAGAGGAGGCAGAAGAGUCAGAUGAAGAGGAGAAGGAAGAUUUUGAAAAUCAAAUUGAUGAGCGAAGCCUAAGAGGAGAUGUCUUUUUUCCCAAGGUAAAAGAAGCAGCUGCUUUUGGCCCUCACCUSGCACAGAGGAAAAUUCCAGUGUCGAGACCAGAGCAAGAAGUUGAUUGCAGCUUCAGUCGAGGGGUAUGUGACUGGAAACAAGAUGCUGAUGAUGACUUUGACUGGAAUCCUGCUGAUCGAGAGAGAGGUGAUGGCUACUACAUGGCAGUUCCAGCUUUUGUGGGACACAAGAAGGAUAUGGGGCGUCUAAAACUCCUCCUCACUGACCUCAAACCAAAGAGCAGCUACUGCUUGAUUUUCAGUUAUCGGAUUGCUGGUGAGAAAGUAGGGAAGCUUCGAGUGUUCCUGGCAAACAAAAAAACUGCCCCUGUCUGGGAGGAGAGCAAAGGAAAAGAUGAAAAAUGGAGAACUGGAAAAAUAGAGAUAUUGCAGGGGGCUGAAACGACUAACAGUGUCACUUUUGAAUCAGAACGUGGGAAGGGUAAAACUGGAGAAAUUGGAGUGGACAAUGUUAUACUAAUUUCUGGUCUAUGCCCAGAAGAUASCUGAUAAUGGACAUUUGAGUAUACCAGAUUUAAUCCUAUUUUUCACAUUUGACUUAUUAGUAUUUUUGUAGUCCUCUCUUUAUGAAAAAAAAAAAAAACCAACUAUAAAAUUGUGCCUUGAAUCAAAUGCAACAAUGCAAACAGAAAAACUGAUGUGCAAGAUGCAGAUUACAAUUUUUUGUUAAUUAUUCUAAUUCUACUACAUACAUUGAGUGUAAUACUACUGUAUUUUAUAAUUCAAGGUCGGGGUUUCUAAAGURUUAUUUGUCUAGCUCUUUGACAAAUUCUACAUGCUUUUAUUUCUUAAAAAUCUUCUCGAGGCUAUUCUUAAGUCUUCUGUUUCCUUCCUUCUAUUCUACAAGAACAUAAAGCAGUAUUUARGAGGAUGUUACUACUUUUGGUGACAUAAUUAAUUUCUUACUUAGUGGGUAGGUUGUUCCAAAAAUCAGUAUUCAUCAUCCUGUGUGCAGUAAGGCAAUCAAACACAGAGCCAAGGUAUUUGUUUAUUUAAAUAUUAGUGCAAAGAUGGGUGCUCGGUGGUAAAUCCAGAAAGCCAGCAUACCAAGCAGAAAUGAUGACCACUAUUUAUGCUGUUAUUCUUGAUAUAUUCCACUUAUCUGUAYGUAUUCAGUGUUUACUACUCUACUAUUGCUGAGUUGUGCUGAGCUGGCUUCUUUUCUUAGGCAGCCUGGUAGUGCUCAGUGUUUACUAUUGUAUUAUUGCUGAGCUGGCUUUGUUAAUUYCUUUUUAUCUUGCACACUCUUCUUCCAAAAUUUUGUUACCCCUCUGGGUCUGUCAUCUUUGAAGCAUGUCAAGUCCUAAACUCUAAUAAAAGCAAUUCURUUGACAAAUAA